AAGCUACAGGUGCACCGGAGGAUCUAAAACUAUAUUUGCAGAGAGAACAUAUACAUUUUGGAAAAUAUAAAACCAAAAAUAUUACUUUUAUAGAUUUGGAAGGAAAAUCAGGAGAAAAAUCAAGCUACUUGAAAUACAUCAUUCCGAAUGGAGUAGGCUGCAAAAUUGUGACUCGAUCGCGUAUUCCUGCGAUAGAAGUUACAGGAGUUCGAUCCUAUCUCCUCAGUCUCGUCUCGAUCUCGACUUUUGUGAGCCGCUAGCUGCCCCGAUCGACGGGCAGGGACAGACGCGCUAGGAGAGCGAGAAGAAGAAUCCGAAGUCAGGGCUGACGUACUGUGGAGCCUGUUUAAUGUUUUGAGGAAAAUAUAUUCGAUUUGAAGAUAUUGAAAGAGAUUCAGACAUUGAGUAGACUUAAAUCAGAAUGCUAUAAAUAGGAGAUUGACCUGUUAGGAUGGCAAGUGAAGUAUCAACAUAUCCUUUGUUUAAUUAUUUCGACAACUCUCCUGAACUUUUGCUUCAAGAGCGGGAGUACAUCUAUGCCGACAAAUCACCGCACGAGACCUCCUUCAAACUGAGACCGAUCCAAGCAAAAUGCUCCAGACUCCCGCCCCGGUCUUUGUCAAAUAUCGAAAUCAACCACAAGCUUCAGACCAGUGUGGAACAAUCGUGCACACCCGAGCCGUCUGAUGCGUUCCGAAUGUGGGUAGAAAGUGGGAGGCGUGCGCCACCGUUCCCCCCGCGAUGGGAUGACCAGUAUAACAGUAACGUAUGGAGGAACUUCAGUCACGGCGAAGGCUACAAGAUAUCCACUCCUGGUAGGCGAGUUAAAGAAACGAUAGCGGCGAUGUACCCCCUACCCGUCCCCUCACACUCCGAAAUGGGCGAUCACACGUUUACAAAGUUCCUCAGUGAAGUGCCUGUCAUCCGCGACCCAAAGAAACGCCAUCUGGCGAUCACCCACUCAAUGAGGGAACUGCAGGACUUUCAGCGCCUCAAGCUUCGCAGCCAGAUGAGAGUCCCACCCAUGGACACAGAAGGGAACAUCGUCCCGCCCGAAGGGUUCGUUCGACAUGAGCGCCGGUUCAGGGGGGAACCGCAUUCAACCGUGACAACAAAGUUCAGGGAGAUGAAUGAAAUCGAUCGGGAGAGCCAACGCAGUAAACUCGGAACUCACAUGACUAGUCCUAACAGACUCUGGAAGGUAUCUUUCAAAGACAACCAUCCAGAUUUCGAGAGGGUUAUGAAAGAAACAGCGGAGAAAAAGUCCCUCUCAAAGCAGAAAAAGGAUAGGAAAUUCGCUGCCCCGCUCGAAAUAUAUUUCAAGUGAGUUUCUUUUCUGAGCAGAUCUUGAACAGAACUUUAAAAUCCAUUUAGAGGUUGUGUCAAUACUCUGGUUUUAGGUACUGCCCAAACGGAUAGUGUGCGA